ACAAAGGGAGUGGGCGCUCAUUGGCUCCGGCCGUGUGCGCUCUGUUGUCCCUCAGCGGGAGCAGCUCAGCCCCUAUUCACAUGUUAAUAAGCCCCUAUAAAUACUAACAACAGCCACUCAGCGCCAGCAGCACGUCUCACUAGUAUUGCACAAUAAACACAGGGCGCCUCGCCUCGCCUGCGAGCUUGUCGAUUUUUUUCUUCUUCCUGAAACCGGUUCCGUUUGCCAGCUGCCCCUCGCUGACUGGAACAAGGAGCAGUGGGAGAAGCCACCAAAGCGGCGAUCCAACCAACAUGGCCCCCUCUGAUCGGCCCAGCAACACCGGACUUGAUAUUGAAGAAGAUGAGUCCUACUACGGGAUUCAGAAAGCGGACAGAAAGACCAGGAAACCUCUGGUGGAGAAGAAGAGGCGAGCUCGCAUCAAUGAGAGUUUGCAGGAGCUGCGGACUCUGCUGGAAGACACAGACCUUCAUUCCAAGAUGGAGAACGCAGAGGUGUUGGAGGUGACCGUGAAGAAGGUGGAGGACAUACUAAAGAACCGAACCCAAGAAACAGACACUCUGACUCAAGAAGCCAGUGAGAGGUUUGCGGCCGGCUACAUCCAGUGCAUGCACGAGGUCCACAUGUUUGUGUCCAGCUGUCCUGGGAUAGAUGCGACGGUGGCGGCAGAGCUCCUCAACCAUCUCCUGGAAUGUAUGCCCCUGAACGAGGAUCACCUCCAGGACGUGCUGAUGGAUCUAAUCACUGACACUUCUGAGAGUAACGGCAGCACUUGGCACGGGGGCGACGAGGCGCUCUGCGCGUCUCUGGCCUCACCUGGAGGAAGGAGUAUAUCCAGCGCCUCGUCCUCGGCCCUCUCCCCGGCGCCCUCCACCACGUCCAGCGAGGACCUGUGCUCCGACCUGGACGAGACCGACAGUGAGCACAACCACAGCUCCACCGAGGGCUUGGAGAACAGGGAGGCCCUGAGCAUGCCCACCGUGACCCCCCCGAGGUCCAUGUGGAGACCCUGGUAGGGGUCAGGUGUUUGGAUGGAAUGCAGUUGGAAUAUGUUGGAGCAGCUUUCUUUUAAGAUGUGACACCGGGCCUCUUACUGAAAGGGACAUUUUGACCCUACAACACAUGAACACUUCAAAAAUAACCAUUUUCUGGUGGUGCAACAUUUCUGUCUCAUUCACUCCUGCAGGUAACUGCCCGCAUGCAUGGAGUCUUUUUUCUGGACCCCCCCACAUUGAUGUUCAAUAAUGAAAUCUGUUCAGAGAUCCAUUUCCACACGACAGCCUCAGUUAGUGCAGCCUUUGUGUUUUGUGGAGGGACCAUGGCAGUGGCUUUUCUCUUCACCCACAACUGAAUGCAGCAAGUUUGAAUCCACCCCUUUGCAUUCUGGGAGAUGUAGUAAAUCACUCAGUGAGGUCGAAGUAGAAAAACCCUCCUAAGUUUUUGGAUAUCAAAGAAAAAUGUAAAGGGUGGAGUUCUCUUUUAUCUCAUUACAGCGGCCCCUCCAGGUUGGGGCCUCCUGAGACAACUCCCCCCCCCUUUUUCCUUUUCAGUAGUGACUCCCUGGCUUUGAGUCCUGUUGUGACCUUUCUUUACACCUCACGACAGAUGAAACAUUCACUUAUAACCCGGCAAAGGACAGACGAGGAACAGUUCACACUUUUUUAUGUCAAUAACUCUGUGUAUAUAGGAUUUGUAUGUGGAGAAAAGCUCUUUUAGAAACCGAGAAGUUUGGCAAUGCCUCUGAUUAAUAUAAAUAUUUCUAUUGUAUUUGCUAAAGGCCUGUAGUUUAUUGGACCAGUAGCCUCCUUCAGAAUGACCACUUUAUGUUGUAAUGAUGUGUAGAAAUGCCAGUAAAAUGUCUGAAUUUGAUAAAUAAAAUAAUGUAAUUGAAAAGCUGAUGACUGACUUGAGUUCUGUA